AGGAAAGUAUCUUCUAUAAGCUAUGGUGUUAAAAACUAAAUAAGGUCCAGAGUCUGAAACUCCUGCUUACCUUGAGCCUGAUUUCCAAGCCUGAUGAAAUUUUAGAUGAGCCUGAGAGUUAAAUAAGGAUGGCCCAGUCCAGCAAUGAGAGCCUGCAGACCUACGAAUGCAAGGACAUUUAGAAUUUUAAAAAAGGGCCAUUUUCAAUAUUCCUCCUUCAUUUCUUCUUUUUUUCUAUUCACUUACUGGAGACAUUUGUUGUAGGUCAGAUUUGACUUAAAUUCUCUCCUUAUUAUAUUAGUUUUAAAUAUCAGUGCAUUUUAUUGAUUUGCUUUUAGUUACAGCUGUAAUGUUUUGUCUCCUCUCUUUUUCCCCCUCCCUCUGACUUUUAUCUAAUGUUAUUUAUUGCCAGGUUUCCCUGUGGUCACUUUUAGUCACGCUGGUGGUUCUUUUCAUUCUGACGGGCACGAUGCUGGGACCAGAACUGUUGGCAAGCAUCCCUGCAUCUGUCUACGUGGUAGCAGUCUUGAUGCCCAUGGCUGGCUAUGCCUCUGGGUACGGCUUGGCUACACUAUUUCACCUGCCACCACACUGCAAAAGGACAGUGUCUUUGGAAACAGGAUGUCAGAAUGUCCAGCUGUGCACUGCCAUCCUGAAAUUAACCUUCCCUCCCGAGCUCAUUGGGAGCAUGUAUAUGUUCCCCUUGCUUUAUGCCCUUUUCCAGGCCGCAGAGGCUGGACUGUUUGUGCUGGCCUACAAGAUGUUUGGACAAGACACCUAUAAGCAGGAGCUCCUCGAUGAAGAAGAUGAUACAGAUAUUUCCUACAAGAAACUGAAAGAGGAGGAAAUGGCUGACACCUCCUAUGGCACCGUGACCGCAGAGGAGCCCCACACCGUGUGCAUGGAGCUGGCGCAGACGGCGCUCUAGGAGGUGGGCUGUGCCAGGGGACACUUGUGUCGAUGUGGUGUGUGUGUAUGUGCAGUGCCAGGACCCUGCACGCAGCUGGGCACCCACCAGCCCAGCAGCCUCCCAACCGCGCCACAGUGACUGUGUGUUUUCUAUCGUGCCAGCUGCUGCUGUCCCUCCCAAAUGCAUCCUCUGUUGUGUGUGUGCGUGCACAUGUAUCCCCACUCCCAGCCUGGGCACUGGUGCAGCAAGCGCGGCCAGGCACGCGGAAGGGCCCCAUGCACAGCCCUGGGCCGCCUGGUUGCAUGAGCCUGUAGCCGCAGGCGGGAUGAGCCUGCACAUCUGGAACAGACUUCCCAAGGCGGCGGCGCAGUCCCCAACCUUGGCAGCCUCCAGGAGGACACUGGACAGGGCCCUUGCCAGGCUCCCUCGCUCUCAGCGGUAUUCCUGCCCGGAGCAGGGCUGCUGGACUCCAGGUUCCCUCCGGCCCUUAAUGUCUAUGCCUGUCUGUGAGCGCCGGGUCGAGAUGAGCCUGUUUCGUGUAUCGCAUGCCCGUCGCUGUAACCCCCGCUCGCUGUAUACCCCAGUGCUGACCAUUAAAGGUGCAGACCGCU